CGCUCAACCACUCAAUGGGGCAGCGAAAACCGCAAAGUGAACAAUUUUUCUUCAUUCCAACUACGUCAAAAUUUUGUCAAUUCACACUGAACUUUGGAACGAACGCUCUCAUCAUUCAGCUGUGUACUCUACUCUAUUUACUCAGAGCGAUUGGAGUAGGUGAGCGAACUGUUUAUUCGCUUAUUAUAGUUGCUUCAACUUUGCCUUUGUAUUGAUCGAAACCCAUUAACAUGAGUUUGCCGAUAAAUUCGCUAUUUUUUCUAAAUUCACAAUUAUUUAUCAAAGCAUCAAAAUGCAUUUUAUUCGAAAGCGGGCCGGAGACGAGGCCGGGCACUGCAUCUUUACCUUUUUGCUUACUGGCUGAAAAAUAUGUAGCUGUUGUUUGCUCGCUCAACUGUCGAUACGAGCAAAUAAAUAAAAUAUUUCCAUGUGUUACACAUUACCGUUACAUGGCAAAGCUAUAUUACCCUUACCUUUUUAUGCAUUGGGUGAAGAAAUUGGUCCCAAAUGAGAGCGAGAAAAAGCAGAUAAUGAACUGUCAGAGAGGUGUGCAAAUAAAUUUGAAAUAGUAGGCCAAAAAAUGCCCUAAAAUUGUAACAUAUACGUAUUUAUUUAAGUUUUAACAUUUGAGGAAAUAUUAAAAAAAAAUUGUUUUUUGAGUUUUUUGGU